CCUAUCUAUCUUCCACAAGCAUCGGCAGUCUCUCCAUCAGUCUCCGCGAUACGAGCGCUACUACGGCGCAAAGAAUGGCACCUCUGCGCCCUAAAGCACCGGUGUCCCACACCGCGCACUUCUGCGUCUUUCUGUUGACCGCCUUGGCCUGGAUGGCACUGCCGGGACCCGUGCGCGGUGACAGCGGGGUUUUAAACCGGAGCGGCGGACAGGACCGUACGUUUGACACGAGCGGCGGAACCGGCGGAGCCCGUGGAGGACCCCCGCCGGGCUUACCCACGGACGGGGAGGAGGACGCCGUCGGCCCGGAGAGCUCUCCCCGCCUCAGGAGAGCCGUGUCCCGGGAAAAACAAAUGUCACUGCUCAGCAGUUCGUUCGUGCUCAAAGGGGAUGCGACCCACAACCAGGCGAUGGUCCACUGGACAGGAGAGAACAGCAGCGUCAUCCUGAUCCUGACCAAAUACUACCACGCCGACUCCACCAAGGUGCUGGAGAGUUCUCUGUGGAGAUCGACCGACUAUGGCACCACAUACAGUAAACUCAACCUGAUGCCGGGGACAACCAUCGUGGUGACAAGCUUCUACAUCUGUCCCACCAACAAGAAAAAGGUGGUGCUGGUGGGCUCCUCGAUAAACGAGAGGGAUCAGAUGCUGUUUAUCAGCACAGACGAGGGUUCCUCCUUCCAGCGGCAGUCUAUCUCCUUCACCCCGGACACGCUCAUCUUCCACCCCAAGGAGGAAGACAAGCUGCUGGCCUACUGCAAAAUGGGAAGGCUGUUUGCUUCCACCGAUUUGGGCCGCAAGUGGACACUGCUUCAAGAGCGGGUGACCAAGGACAAAGUCUACUGGUCUGUGUCUGGUGUGGAUGUGGACCCUGAUCUGGUGCACAUGGAAAUGCAGGAUACAAGUGGAGGUUACCUGUACGUUACCUGUCUCAUCCAGAACUGUUCGGACAAAAUGGUCACGGCUCAGUUCCUCGGCAAAAUCGACCACAACUCUCUGCUGGUUCAGGACAACUACAUAUUUGUUAAGGUCACUACAGGGAAUCGCACCAAGCACUAUGUGUCCUAUCGGCGCAAUGAGUUUGUCCAGAUGAGGUUUCCCAAAUACGCCCUGCCAAAGGAUGUUCAGAUCGUGAGCACAGAUGAGAACCAGGUUUUCCUCGCCCUCCAAGAAUGGUACCAGUCAGAUACGUAUAACUUGUACCAGUCAGAUCCUCAGGGCGUCUACUACUCCAUCGUUCUGGAAAAUGUUCGCAGCACCAAACAACCUGAAGAAAAUGUCAUCAUUGACAUCCUGGAGGUUCGUGGAAUCAAAGGUGUCUUCCUGGCCAAUCAGAAAACUGAUGGCAAAGUGACCACCGUCAUCACCUACAACAAAGGGCGGGACUGGGAACAUUUGGCCCCGCCUUCUACUGAUAUGAACGGCAAGCCAAUCACCUGCAAAGUGCCUGACUGCCACCUCCACCUCCAUCUGCGCUGGGCGGACAACCCCUAUGUGUCAGGAACUGUCCACACCAAAGACUCCGCCCCAGGGCUUAUCAUGGGCGCCGGUAACCUUGGCUCCAAGCUGGUAGAGUAUAAGGAGGACAUGUACAUCACUUCAGACUGUGGGAAGACGUGGAGACAGGUUUUUGAAGAAGAGCAUCAUAUCCUGUACCUGGACCACGGUGGGGUCAUUGUUGCCAUCAAGGACACAUCUAUUCCCCUCAAGAUCCUAAAAUUUAGUAUCGACGAAGGAAGGACGUGGACUGUUCACAACUUCACCAGCACGUCUGUGUUUGUCGAUGGACUCCUGAGUGAGCCGGGAGAUGAGACCCUGGUUAUGACUGUGUUCGGCCACAUCAGCUACAGGUCAGACUGGGAACUGGUCAAAGUGGACUUCAGACAGUCCUUCCCUCGUCAGUGCACAGAGUCCGACUACGAGUCCUGGCAGCUCACCAAUCUGCAGGGUGAGAAGUGCAUUAUGGGUCAAGAGCGCACUUUCAGGAAGAGAAAGGACACGGCGUUCUGUAUUAAAGGGAAGAGCUACACCUCAGCUCUCACCAACAAACCCUGUCAAUGCACAGAGAGGGACUUCAACUGUGACUAUGGGUUCGAGCGGUCACACACAGAAGGGGAUCGCUGCUUUGCUGAUUUCUGGUAUGACCCGGAUUCACCUCCUGAGGACUGCCAUCUAGGACAGAGCUACGAGUCCAGCACUGGAUACAGGAAAGUGAUAUCUAACGUAUGCGAAGGGGGGAUAAACAAGCAGCAGAGUGCCAAACAGCACACCUGCCCCAUUCUGCCUCCAAAAGGACUACAGGUGGGCAUAAAGGGGCAGAUGCUGGCGGUGGCACCUGGUGAUGACAUCACAUUCAUCGUACAGCAGGAACAGGGUGACACCAGCAGCACCAAGUACCAGGUGGACCUCGGUGACGGGGUCCGAGCCAUUUACCAGAACCUGACGGUGACGGACGAACCCAUCCAGCAUCGCUACGAAAAGCCGGGGGUGUAUAAAGUCACAGUGAAGGCUGAGAACAUUGCAGGACACGACGAGGCCACCAUGUUCAUCCAGGUCACAGCUCCUCUGCAGGAAGUUCACUUAGAGGUGGUUCCCAUCGCUGGGACAAACCAUGAAGUCAACCUGACUGCCAUGGUUCUUCCCACUGAAGCCAACCUGACUGUCUACUAUUGGUGGAUAGGAGACAGUCUACAGCCCACACUGACUUUGCAGAACAGCCUUCUGAUACGCUUCCCAGAGACUGGAGAGGUGUCGGUCACAGUCCAAGCCUCCAACGGCCGAUCCAUGGUGCAGGACACCAGGACUGUCCAAGUCUAUGAUAACUUCCAGGUCAUCCCUCUGAGCUUCAGCCGAAACCUGGACCGCUUCAACCCAAACAUCCCAGAGUGGAGAGAGGACAUCGGCCAUGUGGUCACCAAAAUACUGGCCAAGAUCACAGGUGUUCCUCAGGAGUCGCUGGUUACCGUGGUGAAGCCAGGUCUUCCCACCACGGCCGACCUGUACGUCCUCCCACUGGACAGUAAACCAGCCAAGAGGAGCAUCUUCGUAGAUAAGCGAAUCCCUGCCAUAUUACAAGCCUUCAACGACAACAACGUGAGCUUUGUGGUCCGAGGGGGUCUGCAGGUUCUGGUGAUGCUGGCCGACCCAAAUACAGGGCUAGGUCUAAUUGCUAAUGACACUGCAGCAGCCGACACACAGACUGGGUACCACGGAGCUGCAGGGAGUCCAGGGGUUUGGGCUUUAGCGGUCAUUUUCCUGAUCAGCAUCAUCGCCACUGGCUCCUUCAUUCUUUACAAAUUUAAAAGUCCUUGGCUUAGGACUGAGGAUGCCUAUCCCCCACUGUUUUUCAGGAAGCUUCCAGGCAACCGCAACGUGUACGCCCAGAUGCACAACGAGAAGGAGCAGGAGAUGACCAGCCCGGUCAACCACAGCGAAGACACGCAGCACAUCAUCCAGGGUGAGGAGUUCAUCGACGACGACCUGGACUCGCAGACUCUAGGUAACGCAGGAGGUAGCCCCGCCUUCCGUUCCCUUAUAAGGACUACCACUAACCACUGCUACUAAAACUCAAGCCACUAACACCAGCAGCUAACACACACCAAGGCAACCAUUCUGGUGUGGUCCUGAGCAUCAACUCAACCAGAGAACUACACAAUUACCUGACCAGCUGAUGGCUGCCAUGGCAACGCUAAUGAGCUAGCCUAGCCUAGCCGGCUAACGAGCACAGGGACUCCACUCUGCGUCUGUCCUGUCCUCUUCCCUCUCCUCCUUCUGGACUCUUCACCUCCAUGGACUCCUCAGCUCCAGCUUUGGUGUGUGUUUUUGUUGUUUUGUUUUUUAGGGGCGGAGUCUGAACCCCCUGAAGUCUCUUCCUGCUAACAGAUGGGAGGAGCUCUGCUAACGCGUCUUUCCAAGCCCCACCCCCCCCCGAGCCCUUUCCUCCCUUUUCCCCCCUGGCCGUGGAGACCCACACUGAUGCCUGCUGAGGAUGGAGGUCUGGAUGGCGUCACACCAAGGACACUCACUCAUCUGUGUUUUGGAGAAAAAAAAAAAAAAAAAGAAAUGUGUGUACGUUGUCUGUCACAUGUAGACACUCAGAAUCAGCCGGCAUGACUCACAGGAGCAGAAACAUCAGCACAGAAAAGGUUAAAGCAGUUGAGCCGCUCACGCUAACAAGUGGCCAAAGACUCGUGUUGGUUUCCAAACACUAACGAUAGUUGUGACAUCGAUGGCAGAAAAAACAGAUUUUUCCUCUUUACUCCUUUUGUUUUUCUUCACAAACACUAGAAACUCUCUCUCAAAGGCAAUAAUAUCCUGUGAAAGGAAUGUAGGCGUAGGAAAACCCCAGUGGAUUUGCAUAUUCCCAGAUGCAAACACAAGAGGGCGAUGUUGCACUUUCUUAAAUUCCCCACACACACAUAAUAGCUCCGUCUUUUGGACUAUACUGUAUGUUCACUCUGCGUCAUUUUGUGUUAGUCUGACUCACAUUCUGAACUGGCGUCACAUACGUGUAAGUGUCUAAAACGAGCACCUUCGUAGGAGAACGCUGUCUGUCCCAUGGUGCCUGAAAUGGCAGACGCUGAUCUGCUCAGUAACAUACCUGGAGUUGGGUUUAUUUCGAACAGUACACCCCUUCCUCUUCCUCCCCCUUGUCCUCUUCCUCCUCCUCCACCCCACAUUUUCCAGGUCAGAGGUCAAAGCAGACUCGUUGCCCUGGAGACAAAGGUUGCCGUCAUGGAGGGAAGGUGUAGUUGAUGUACUGUAUCAGCCUAUAUUAGGCGUAGCCCACAGUGGAAUCAUGUCUCUUUAAAGGUUCGGUUUGUUGUAUGUAAAAUGUGUAAAUACAAACAAUCUCCACUUUGUACAUA